AUGUUCCACCAAGCCUAUCCGAUGAUGUUUCAGCCAACUGCUUUUAUCAAGUUCCCUCAGCACCCGACCAUAGAAGAGAACGGUUGCUCCCUGGAGGUAAUCACCUUUCUCAUCGUCAGAACCCUCUUUCCAAAAUAUUGCGACAAAGUUCCAGACGAGAAAUCGCUUGAAGCUAUUAGGGUGGCAGCUUGGAAGCGGCUGAUGGAGCAUCACAGGCGGCAAAAACUCUUCUUGAUGCCUUCCUACAUGGCCCUUUACUAUAUCCUCGCGGUCUUUGCAGAGCAAAGCUUUGACGACACGAUCCUUGGUGCGCCCGAUGCCACUAACCUUGCGGUAGAGAUUACGGUAAAGGUCUUUUCCGUGUUUUAUUUCAUUGCAUCUAAAUGGCACGAGGACCCUCACCCCGAGCACAUCACACACGUCAGGUUUGAUUUCGGAGACAAGUCCCUAAUGGACAGACUACAGUGGCACAGGCGCUACAUUCUCUCCAUGGAGCGGCUGCUGCUUCCUAUUCUAGACUACAACAUUUCGGUCAUGCCCGCCCAAUGGUCUACCUUCCUCUUUUUCCUGGGCGCGUUGGUCGACGAGAAGCUGCCCCAGUAUCGUGCUCCUUAUGCCGUUGCGGUUAAGAUUCUCAGAGGUAGUUAUGAAGCAAUUGGCACUCCUGUGCCCUCUGUGCCUCCGGAGAAGUCACUCGGACAGCUUCGUCGAGAUGUCACCAAGAGUCGGAAGAUAGUGAAGCAGGAAAUUCCUGCACUUAUUGCGGCAGUGUGCGAUGGCCUUCAGAACCCAACAGGCAGCUUUAAAUUUCACUUGAGUAUGUGGCUUUAA